GCCAAGUUCUUCGAGCCAAUUUGUGUUGGAUCUUGCUAUUUCCGCUUGGGACUUGUUUUCGAACCGUAUCACGUACCCGGUUCUGGUGGUCACCACGCCCAGAACCUGUAUGUCCUUUGUCUCGUUUGUGGUGGCGAGUGCGUUCUGGAUGUGUGCGACUGCUGUUCUGGGUGGUAGGUACCUCCUGAAUGUAUUUUCGCCUCCAUCCUCCCCGUUCUUGCCGUUCGGUUUCGUGUUGACUCGGAUGCAGUUGUCUUCCUUGUUCUGUUUUCCUUUGUUAAGCAAGGGGUAAAUGGUGGC